GAAAAAUUGCUUCAUACCCCCCACACCCUGUGGACUCGGUCUCUUUGAUUACGGGUUUAUAACAUGAAAUACAUGGAGUCUUUUCUCCCUUUCUCCCUGUGGACGUUCGUGCUCUGUUUGGAUUUUGUUACAGCUGCAGCUGCUGCUCUGAGCGUCCAUCCCGACAAGUCGGUCUUCUUUUAUUAUGAAACCGUGACUCUGAGCUGUGCAGACACCGAGGACACUGUGAAGAGAAACACCUCCACAAAGUCUUCUGUUUCCUGCGAGGUCUGGGGCCAACUACGUGGGUCGUCCUGCAGCAUUAAAGGUGUCUACCCAUCGGACAGUGGAGUGUACUGGUGCGAGUCUAAGAGCGGGAAGAGCAGCAACACCAUCAACAUCACAGUGAGCACUGGUCUGAUCCUGGAGAGCCCUGCUGCUCCUGUGACCGAGGGAGCCGAUGUUACACUAAAGUGCUCCUACAAAGAAAAAUAUGCAAAGGAGUCGACAUCAAACUUCAGAGCGGAAUUCUACAGAAAUGGGUCUUCAAUUGGAAACGAGACCAAAGGACAGAUGAUCCUUAAAAAUGUGUCCAAGGAGAAGGAAGGCUUCUACAAGUGUAAACACCCCACACGAGGAGAGUCACCACAGAGCUGGCUGGCAGUGAGAGACAGACCUCAGUCUACGACUGCCCCUCCUCCUACUACUCCUACUCCUACUCUUCAUCCUCUUCUGAUGUCUCUGCCCUGCCUGGUGUCCACAGUCCUGCUGUUCAUCCUCUUCACUGGUUUACUCAUACUGUGCAUAUGCAAAUAUAAAAAGAGGACUCGAGCUCCUCUUGCUAAAACAAAGGAGGCUGAUUGUCUCUAACUGGAGCAUCUGAGGAAGAACAAAGAUCAGCGUCUCACCGGGUUUACAGCAAAACCUGUUUUCUCCUCCUUUAUCGCCUCCCAGCAGCUGUUAGCUUACACUGUUAGCUGCUGAUUUAAUGAUCCACUGCUGAGCUGAAAACUGCCUUUGAUGAGUUUUAUGUUUGAGAGACAAAACAAGAAAUGUCAAAAUGUUAUUUAGCUUCAUGCUAAGCUUUGUAUGCUAAUGUAGAAAUCCAUCCACUCUCUUCUGCUUA